AUGGCUACGGUGCUAUGUUACGAAGGGAGGCUGAGCCUUUACUGCUUUCUCGGUGGAAUGGCAAGUUUGCUAGUUUUCUACGGUGCGCAAGCAUUCUUGCACGAAGAAAGCAUAUGGACCAAAGUUGCCCUUUCGGUGGGCUACUACAUUUCGCUAAACAUUAUCAUUAGGAUAAGGUACAAUCCGCGUGACUAUCAGAUUGCCGUAAGAGCUGCUUUCCUCGGGACUGUUUUAUCGGCUGGCGUUGUUGUUUUCCUCUACACCCAGGACCAGUACAAAUCGUUUGGUAUUUAUGCCACCCUCAUGGCUCUAUUUCACUACACAGAGUAUCUGGGCAUUGCCAUAUGUAAUCCCAAAACGCUGUCUCCAGACUCGUUCAUAUUGAACCAUUCGGUUCACUACGCACUGGCAGCCGCUGCUAGUUGGGUUGAAUAUUUCGUCGAGUCGCACUAUUUCCCUGAAAUAAAAACCUACAAACUGGUGUGGGCCGCAGGAGUAUUCGUAUGUCUGGCGGGAGAAUCACUCCGGAAGGUGGCAAUGAUAACGGCCAGCAAAAACUUUAGUCACAUCGUUCAAUUCGAACGGCACAAUGAACAUGAACUGGUGACGCACGGCGUGUACGGAUGGAUGCGACAUCCGUCCUACGUGGGAUGGUUUUAUUGGUCGAUAGGAACACAGAUAACGCUAGCAAAUCCCGUAUGCUUCGUAAUUUACGCGAUCGCUAGCUGGAAGUUCUUCCACGAUCGGAUACUGAUGGAGGAAAUUACUCUGCUUAACUUUUUCGGCGAAGAGUACAUCGAGUAUCAGGAACGAGUUUCCUCCGGUUUGCCAUUCAUUCGAGGGUUUCGCGUGGAACCAUGA